AUGGCCAGCAAAAACGACCCCCGGGACUCUUCUUUGGAGGUCAAGAUGUCGUUCCCCAAGACGUGGAAUAGGGAUGGCUCGAAUCCUCUGAGCGUGUCCGGCAUGUUCCUAGCAGGCCUGAUCAUGGUCACCCGAAACCGAUACCUUGCUUGGCCGGCCAUCUUGCUUGCCUUCAACGCGUACAUUAACCAACACCCUCUAAGGACCAAGGAGGGCAGUGGGAAUGCUCUGAUGAAUUUAAUGAUGUGUAUAAUGGCCCUCAUCGCCUCGUACUUCCCGCUUUUCGUAGUCUCGAACUCGUUCAACGUCGCGCAGUCCCCGUAG